AUGUCAAUGAUAAUUGCUCAAACUCCUAAUACUUAUUUCGGUUCCGACAUUCAAAAAUCAUUAGAUUUCCACGGGCAAAAUACUCCGGAGAAAAACAUUUCCCCGGUCAUAAUUACACUGGUCCAGGUACAAGAUGAAAUAAAUAGCACAUCACCUCCAACAUAUGAAUUAAUCGAUCAAGACAAAGAACAAAUCAUAGGUAUAAGAGAAGAAAAAUUAACUGAAUUAGAAACUAAACAUAAUGAUAAUAGUGAAAUAGUCACUAUUCAAAAACAAUUACUCAAUCUAGUAGAUAAAACUCAAUUAGAAAAUUUAAAAUCAUUAAUAUCUAAAUUAGAUGAUAAGAUAACAAAAAAAUAG